AUGGAACUUGAGCAAGAACAAACUCCAAACAUGUCUAACAAGAAAAAGGAGCUUCUUUCUACUGUGAUGAAGCGCACCAGUGAAUGGAUAUUUUCCCAGGAAAUUCCCAGCGAUUUUCCAUUAGUCUCAAAAUGUGGAUACAUCAGAAAACUAGUCUCCCAAUCGUCCGACGCCGAACUCGCCGUGAUCGAGCUCCGGGACGUGCCCGGUGGGCCCGACUCGUUCGAGCUGGCCGCCAAAUUCUGCUACGGCAUAAACUUCGAGAUAACCACCGAGAACAUAGCAGGGCUGAGGUGCGCGGCCGAGUACCUAGAGAUGACUGAGGACUACUCGGUCGGGAACUUGGUCUCACGGGCCGAGUCUUACAUAAACGAGGUGGCCCUCAAGAGCCUGGCUGGGGCAGUCUCGAUUCUCCACUCGUCCGAGAACCUGUUCCCGGUAGCCGAGAAGGUGAAGCUCGUCGGCCGGUGCAUCGACGCCAUCGUGUUCGUGGCCUGCAAGGACAGCGAGUUCUCCGGGCCAGCGAGGUCUGGACAGAACGAAUUGAAGCCCGUCGUCGAUUGGUGGGCCGAGGACCUGACCGUGUUGAGGGUCGACAUUUUCCAGAGGGUUCUGAUCGCGAUGGUAGCGAAGGGGUUCAAGCAGUACGCCCUCGGCCCGAUUCUCAUGCUGUACGCGCAAAAGUCUCUUAGGGGUUUGGACAUAUUCGGAAAGGGUCGGAAAAAAAUCGAGCCGAGACAAGAGCACGAGAAACGGGUCGUUCUAGAGACGAUCGUCAGCCUUCUUCCGAGAGAGCGGAACACAAUGUCGGUCAGCUUCCUCUCGAUGCUUCUAAGAGCGUCAAUAUACCUAGAAACAACGGUCGCGUGCAGGCUUGACCUCGAAAAACGGAUGUCUACUCAGUUCAGUCAAGCAGUCUUAGACGACCUUUUGAUCCCUUCUUAUUCCUUUACUGGGGACACAUUGUUCGAUGUCGACACCGUGCAGCGCAUCAUGGUGAACUUUACAGAAUCGGAUUUGGAGGUGAACAGAGUGGACUCGAAUGGUGACGAAGAGUAUGUUUCACAAUCGGCUAGUGAUAAGGAGAAGGUGACGAAGCUGAUGGAGAAUUACCUUGCCGAGAUAGCUUCGGAUAGGAGUUUAUCGGUGUCCAAGUUUAUUGGUCUUGCUGAGGUCAUACCUGAGCAGUCGAGGAUGACGGAGGACGGGAUGUAUAGGGCCAUCGACAUUUACUUGAAGGCUCAUCCAGCUCUCAGCGACAUGGAGCGCAAGAAAGUGUGCAGCGUUAUGGACUGCCAGAAGCUCUCGCGCGAGGCCUGUGCCCACGCGGCCCAAAACGACCGCCUUCCCGUCCAGACCGUCGUGCAGGUCCUCUACUACGAGCAGCAGCGCCUCCGGGAAGCCGUGGACGGGUCCGAGCCGUUCGCCCCUCCCGGGGCCCACCUGAGUCCAUACUCGGUUGAUGUCCAUCCAGUGGACGACGAGGUCUCGGCCCUGAGGAGGGAGAACCAAGACCUCAAGCUCGAGCUCGUCAAACUGAAGAUGAGGCUGAGGGAGAUGGAGAGGCCUGGAGGCACGGAUGGGAGGUCGCCGGCCGUGGGAAGCCCGGGUGUGGGGUCUGCGGACAAGCCGCCCUUGCCUCGGAAGUCGUUCAUAAGCUCGGUCUCCAAGAAGCUGGGGAGGUUGAUGAGGGCAGACGGGUUGACGCCUCAGGGGACUAAGGGGAGGACCAAGCCCAGCAAAGAUAGGAGGCAUUCCAUAUCGUGA